AUGGCUUCAAAAACAAGCACUACUACUCAUGCCAUCCAAAGACAAAUGCAGCCUGGAUUGACAGAUGGUCGAACCAUUAUAGUGGUCUCUCUUUCUAGUUUUAUGAAUGUAGUCUCAAUAAAACUGGGUCGUACUAACUUCCUGCUUUGGAGCUCUCAAACUACACCAGCUCUCAGAGGGCAUCGUUUAACAGAGCCAUUUCUGGCUCAAGUAGUUGGCUGUAAGACAUCCAGAGAGGUAUGGGAUCGACUUCAUGUUCUCUUUUCAUCUACCAGUAAAACUCGAAUCCAUGAUUUGAAAUUAGAAUUAGCUUAUCUGAAGAAGGGUAAUCUUACUAUCACUGAUUAUGUUCAGAAAAUUAAAAGUUUAUCUAAUGUUUUAGUUGCUUCUGGACACUUUCUCAUUGAUGUUGAUCAAAUUCAUUAUCUUCUUGGUGGUUUACCUGUUAAAUAUGAUACAUUUGUGCUAUUUGUGACUACUAGACUAGAUAGUCUUUCUUUUACUGAAAUUCAAAGUCUAUUACUUACCUUUGAAAAGCGCUUAGAGUGUCACUCUUCACAAUCUAUAUUGGAUUCUCCUUCUACUAAUUUGGCCAAUAAGAAGAAAACCUUCAAUCGCAAUCACUCUUCACAAUCUGUAGCUACUUGCCACCGUUAUUUGGAACUCACUGCCAAUAAGCCUACCAAGCAAACUCAUACAGCCUUAUCUUCACGAUCUGCUCAUGAUGAAAAUUGGUAUCCUAAUUCUAGAGCAACCAAUCAUAUGACUUCAGGUCUUGAGAAUCUCCCUCUUCAUGAUGAGUAUCAUAGAACAGAUCAUAUCCUGGUCRUCAAUGGUACGGGUCUAGACAUUUCUCAUAUUGGCUCUUAUAUUCUGAAUAUUGAUUCUGGGUCCAUUGUCUUGAAAAAUAUUCUUAGAGUUCCUAAUAUAUCUAAGAACUUGCUCUCUGUCAACUAG